UAAUUUUUUUUUCUUAUUUUCUGUAACAAUUUCUUCUCUCUCUAAUGGAAGCUCUGCAAAUCUCGUGUACUGUUGUUACUUGUAAAUCAUCACCAACAACAACAGCAUUCAAACCCAGAAGUACCACUUCACUAAAAAAAUCAAACAUUUUUGGUAUUACUAAUAGUAGUAGUGGGAUUUUAUUGUCACUGAAAACCUCAAUUACAGACAGAGAAAUCAGAUUUCGAUGUUAUCAAGAUGGGAUUUCAAUUUCUGAUGCAGAAGAAAUUGAUGCAAAAGAUAAAGACGGCAUUUUUAUGACUUACAAGAAAAAAACUGAUCCUGGGGUUUCUAAAAUUGGUGAAGUGAUUGCUGAGUCUGUGGCUGAUGUUGGUGAAGCUAUUGAAGAAGUGGUGAAACCAAAAGCAGCAGGAGAGACAUACAGCAUUGUUGUUGUAUCAUCAGAGGCGGUGCCGUAUUCUAAAACAGGAGGUUUAGGAGAUGUUUGUGGUUCAUUACCUAUUGCGCUUGCUGCGCGGGGACAUCGAGUCAUGGUAGUGUCUCCAAGAUAUGUGAAUGGUAGUGCUUCUGAUAAGAUUUAUAAAGGUGCACUUGAUGCGCAAUGUAGGAUUAAGAUUCCGUGCUUUGAAGCUGAGCACGAGGUCGCAUUCUUCCACGAGUAUAGGGCGGGUGUUGAUUGGGUGUUCGCGGAUCACCCUUCUUACCAUAGACCUGGAAAUCCUUAUGGGGAUCAAUUUGGUGCUUAUGGUGAUAAUCAGUUUAGGUUCACGCUACUGAGCCAUGCUGCAUGUGAGGCUCCGUUGGUACUUCCACUCGGAGGCUUCACAUACGGGGAAAAGUGUAUGUUCCUCGUUAAUGAUUGGCAUGCAAGUCUUGUACCAGUCCUCUUGGCAUCUAAAUAUCGCCCAUAUGGAGUUUAUAAGGAUGCUCGCAGUAUUCUUGCAAUACAUAACCUCGCACAUCAGGGUGUGGAACCAGCUGCAACUUACAAGAAUUUUGGGUUGCCAGCUGAGUGGCAUGGAGCAUUAGAAUGGGUAUUUCCUACUUGGGCAAGAACUCAUGCCCUUGAUACAGGGGAAGCUGUCAAUAUUAUGAAGGGUGCAAUUGUUACAGCCGACCGGAUUCUAACAGUGAGCAAGGGUUAUGCAUGGGAAAUAACAACUGUUGAAGGUGGAUAUGGGCUUGACGGACUCAUAAGCAGCCGAGAGAGCGUUCUGGAUGGAAUCACUAAUGGGAUUGACAUUGAUGAGUGGAAUCCAUCUUCAGAUGUACAUAUUCCUUUCCAUUACUCAAUCGAUGACUUAUCUGGGAAGCAAGAAUGCAAGGCGGCGUUACAAAAGGAACUGGGGUUGCCAGUCAGGCCUGAUGUCCCAUUGAUUGGGUUCAUCGGGAGACUAGACUAUCAAAAAGGGAUAGAUAUGAUUGAAGCAGCAAUGCCAGAGCUUAUGAUGGACGAUGUUCAGUUUAUUAUGCUCGGGUCUGGCAAUGCACGUAUGGAAGACUGGAUGAAGGCAACAGAGGCAGCUUAUAAGGACAAAUACCGGGGUUGGGUUGGAUUUAAUGUACCUAUAUCUCACAGAAUAACUGCAGGAGCUGACAUAUUGUUGAUGCCGUCAAGAUUUGAACCUUGUGGUCUAAACCAGUUGUAUGCUAUGAGAUACGGGACUAUACCUGUGGUGCAUUGCACUGGAGGACUAAGGGACACGGUGGAAAACUUCGACCCUUUUGCUAAUGAAGGCAGCGGUAAAGGAACAGGAUGGACUUUUUCACCAUUAGCGAAGGACCCUAUGUUGGGGGUGUUGAGAAUUGCGAUGGACACGUAUAGGAAACAUAAAGAUUCGUGGAAGGGAUUGAUGAAGAGAGGAAUGGAACAGGACUUUACAUGGGACAAAGCUGCUGCUCAGUAUGAACAAGUUUUUAAAUGGGCUUUCAUGGAUCCUCCUUAUGUUAAAUGAGGUUGCCCAGCAUGUUAAGAAACACUUCCCCUGUUUCAGAAAAAAUGAUACUUUUAGCUGUGGAGGGAUUAAAGGGAACUUCUCAGAUGGAGUUCUGAGUCCACAGUCCGGUGGAUACAUGGCAAUAGGUGAAGCUUUAACAAGGACGAAGGAAAAGCAGAUGUUGAAGAUUCAUAUAAAAGCUUACCCAAAGCUAGUCAUCCAAUCAAUUACAGAUGAUGUCCUUCUUAUCCGAUGGGAGAAUAGGAACACUCUAAAAGAAUAAAACACUUAAAUUUAAGCUUUUUACAUUGUAAUUUU